AUCAAACAAAGAAUAUCCUUGAUCACUCGAUACACGUUGGGCAAAUACAAUGUCUUCCUCGAAACUCUUAACCGCAUUUCUCUUCAUCUCAUUUACCCUAGCCCUCCUCCAAACAUCUUUUGGAGACUCAAUUUUUCAUUUCUGUUUAGGGUCUGAGAACUACACAGCUAACAGUACCUACGAUGUAUAUAUGAAAACGCUCAUCAUCAAGCUCAAGUAUAAGGCGUAUUCGACAGGUUUUGGGGCAAGCACGAUGGGCCAUGACCAAAACCUAAAACUAUAUGGGCUUGUCCUUUGUCGUGGCGAUGUGUCAGCCUCAGAAUGCAAAACUUGUGUCUCUGAUGCAACUAAGGAAAUCCUUAACCUCUGCCCAUACAACAAAGGUGCCAUCAUAUGGUACGACUAUUGCAUGUUCAAGUACUUGGGCACUGAUUUCUUUGGCAACAUCGACACCACAAACAAGUUCUAUUUGUGGAACCGGAACCGCAAAAAUGAUACAGCACCGUUUAACUUAAAGACUAGAGAGUUAUUGAGCCAACUUGCUCUGACAGCUUAUGCGAACCCUAAACUAUAUGCUGCUGGAAAGCUAAAGCUUGAGAGUUCAGACACACUUUAUGGGUUGAUUCAGUGCACGAGAGACCUCUCUAGCACUGAUUGCAAGAAGUGUCUUGAUGACUCAAUUAACGAGCUUCCACGAUGUUGUGAUGGGCAAAUAGGAGGUAGGGUUGUGGGUGGAAGCUGUAACUUCCGAUAUGAGACAUACCCUUUUGUCAAAGAGUAAAUGCUAAAAUCUUAUGGUUACGGCCUCAUCCUUUCUUGUAAAGACCUUCUUAUGUUUUUACAUUAACACAUGAAUAAAUGAGUAAUACUAUUCUUAGGAUGUCUUUUAUAAAGAGAGAGAGAGGAUGAGAAAGAGAAAUAUUAGAUAAGAAUGAUUAUGUAAUAGAAAAAUAAAAUCGUAUUAGAUAUUUUGAAGGAAAAUUUAUUCUCUAUUUUAUUUGUUUCUAGCGAAAUGGAUCCAAUAAAAUAUAUGUGCGGUUUCAUACGUUUGACAACUUAUAUUAUGUUGCUUGGGUUGCAUAUUAAUA